AUGCGGAGUAAGGUCUCAUUCGAAGACCUUGAAUGUAUCGCGGAGAAGUUGCCUCUCAUCGGUUGCGGUCUUCUCGACCUUGAGUGCCAAUGCGACUCCAAAAACUCGACCGCAAUCCUGCAACCGUGCUUGCUGGAAAAAUGCACGUUUGACGAAACGUUUGAGAUCCUUCGAGCGCAAGCCGAUCUCUGUAAUCGACCACACAAUUCGCACACACGGCUUAUGAUGGCGACAGCAUAUGUAACGGGCAUGAUACCUGUCGUCGCUGUUGCUAUGCGCUUUGCUUCACGUUGGGUCGGCGGCAAUCAUUUCUGGUGGGACGAUUGGCUCCAUCUCGUGUCGGCUAUUUUGUGCAUUCCGCUCAUGGUUUUCUUGAUACUCAACGUUGAGGCGGGAGUCGGUAAGCAUCUUUGGGACUUGACAUAUCAACGUGUAUACGACGUUGGGCUGUGGACCUACAUCAUCACCAUCCUUUGGGCAGUGGAGAUGUUGCUACUCAAGUACAGCAUAUUAUGCUUGUAUCUCCGCAUCUUUCCGAACGUAUGGUUGAAACGCGCAGUCUUUGCCUUCAUGGCCUUUACAGCUUGCUUCACACUUCCCCUCAUCUUCACAGCGGCUAUCCGGUGCAAUCCGGUCCGUGCUCAGUGGGAUCUCGAAGCCGCAAAGACAGCAAAAUGCCUCGACUGGCUCAUCAUCCUGAAGUUAUCAGUAGUCUACGAGAUCAUUGCAGAGGUCGUCCUGUUCGCACUUCCCGUUCCGAUCGUGCUCAAGCUGCAAAUGGCGACAGCAAAGAAGAUCGAGCUCCUCAUGUUCUUUGGCGUUGGUCUGCUUCUCAUCGGUGUGGUAAGUGCACGCGUGCCCUUCUUGGGGGGCGUUGUGGAUCAAAGCGACCAGACCUACACCAUUGUCGCCUCAUCUAUGAGUACCUUUAUCGCUAGCGGCCUCGGCCACUUUUGUGCUGCAGUCCCCACAGUACAGGCGUUGAUACGAUUCGUCAUAAAUGGGUUCAAGAACAAGACUCAAGCAUCUGCAAGCUAUGGCCAGAGUGGUCGGUCAUACGAAUCAAGCAAGAAGAAGAGCUACAGGUCGUUGGAAGAUAAGAAGAGCGCCGGCUCAAGCUACUCAGGCGCCACGUUCAAAGUGUCGAAGCAACGAAGCAAGGACGGCGGCAAGGACCCAUACAGACUCUCCACACAGAACUUCACGAUGUUUGAGUGUGAUGACAACGACGUGGGUGCAGAUCGUUCUAUGGAGCUGCAACCAGCGGAGACCUUUAUCAAUAAGCACAACCCUGGCCAAGCGGGAGAAUCACUGAGCCAUGACGGUGGAGAUCAACCCAUCACCGUUGUGGUGUCGAGCUCUGUUCUUGAGGAUUCAGCGUCUGACAAAGCUAUACUCGACAGAGAGUACGUAAAGAGCACUUGA